AUGUUUACGCAAAAGCUUCACGAAGCAUUCAAAGGCACGGUGGAGAGGGUCACAGGUCCUCGCACGGUCACGGCUUUCAAGGAGAAAGGAGUACUCAGCGUCAGCGAGUUCGUGCUCGCCGGAGAUAAUCUCGUCUCCAAGUGUCCUACUUGGUCAUGGGAAUCUGGUGAUCCAAGCAAAAGGAAGCCAUACUUACCUUCUGAGAAACAGUUUUUGAUUACUAGAAACGUACCUUGUCUACGGAGAGCUGCAUCUGUGGCAGAGGAAUACGAAGCUGCUGGAGGUGAAGUGUUGGUUGAUGAUGAGGAUAAUGAUGGUUGGCUAGCGACACAUGGGAAACCAAAAGAUAAAGGCAAUGAAGAUGAGAACUUGCCGUCCAUGGAUGCCUUGGAUAUAAACGAGAAAAGUGCUAUACGAUCAAUACCUACUUAUUUUGGAGCUGAGGAGGAUGAUGAUAUUCCAGAUAUGGAAGAGUUUGAUGAGGCUGACAAUGUGGUGGAAAAUGAUCCGGCAACUCUUCAGUCAACUUAUCUUGUGGCUCAUGAACCUGAUGACGAUAAUAUUCUCCGAACUCGGACAUAUGAUAUCAGCAUAACGUAUGAUAAGUAUUACCAAACUCCUCGUGUUUGGCUGACCGGUUAUGAUGAGUCAAGGAUGCUGCUGCAACCUGAACUUGUGAUGGAGGAUGUAAGCCAAGACCAUGCUCGUAAGACGGUCACAAUUGAAGAUCAUCCACACUUGCCUGGGAAACAUGCUUCAGUCCAUCCAUGUCGACAUGGAGCUGUUAUGAAGAAGAUCAUUGAUGUAUUAAUGUCCCGUGGAGUAGAACCUGAAGUUGACAAGUAUCUCUUCCUGUUCUUGAAGUUCAUGGCAUCAGUUAUUCCAACUAUCGAGUAUGAUUACACAAUGGACUUUGAUCUCGGUAGCUCAAGCACCUAA